CGCGCGACGUCUAUGAGAGAACACUUUCAAAUCGGAUAAUAUAAACAUAGCCUAUUACGUCAGAGUAAAACUCUCCAAAGUGUAAAUGUAUUUUUCUACGCACCAGUUGGAGACUAUCAAUAAGGCAAAUGAAACUAAUUUUAUUUAAACUUUUAUAGACUCCAUAAACAAGACAUGGGAUGUUGAGAGGAUGUCAUUCGAAAAACCUUUUAUUAUUACACAAGAACUGGAUUUAUACCAGAAUGUGUCCAAAUGGGCGCACCACGGUAAUCACACAGGGGCCACUUCGGAACAAUCCAUGUACUACAUCAGCAUCGCCAUCACUGCCAUUUAUGGAGUCAUCAUAGUCGUGGGACUAAUCGGUAACAUAACCCUCAUCAAGACAUUGUCUUCCUCUAAAUCCAUGCGGAAUGUCCCCAACCUCUUCAUGUCGAGUCUCGCGUUCGGGGACUUGGUCCUCCUGGUUACUUGCGCGCCGGUGGAUGCCAGUCGGUACCUCGCGGACGAGUGGCUCUUCGGGAGAGUUGGAUGUAAACUCAUACCAUUCAUCCAACUCACCUCCGUCGGAGUGUCUGUUUUUACCCUGACUGCGUUGUCUGCUGAUAGGUACAAGGCAAUCGUGAAGCCCAUGGACAUCCAGGCCUCCAACAGCCCGGCGAGGAUCGUCCUGCGGGCUGCAGUGAUCUGGCUCUUCUCCAUGACCCUGGCUGUCCCCGAGGCUGUCUUCUCAGACCUCCGCUCGUUCAGCAUCCACAGCACCAAUGAGACCUUCAUCACCUGCGCCCCCUAUCCCCACGAUGGUGAACUGCACCCCAAGAUCCACUCCAUGGCCUCCUUCCUCAUCUUCUAUGUCAUUCCUCUGUCGGUUAUAUCAGUCUAUUACCUGUUCAUCGCCAGGAGCCUGAUCAGGAGUGCCUAUAAUAUGCCGGUGGAGGGCAACGUGCACGUCAGAAGACAGAUAGAGUCCAGGAAGCGCCUUGCCAAGACUGUCCUGGUGUUCGUGGGCCUGUUCGCCGUGUGCUGGCUCCCCUGUCACGUGAUCUACCUCAACCGCUCCUACCACUACUCCGAAGUCGACACCUCCAUGGCCCACUUCAUCUUCACCGUGGGAGCCCGCAUCCUGGCCUUCACUAACUCCUGUGUCAACCCCUUUGCCCUCUACCUGCUCAGCAAGAGUUUCCAGAAGCGCUUCAACAAGCAGCUGUGUUGUUGUUGUCGAGCCCUGGUGAAGAGGUCCCAGAGCCAGAGGAACAGGAACAACACACACAUGACGUCCCUCAGGACCACCAACCACUCAGUGGCCAGUCUGAGCUUUAUUCAUGGAAAACACAUCUGUCAGGAGGACAGUGUGUGAGAGACAGAUGGGUGGAUGGUAAGAGAGAGACAGACAGAGAGGUGGACGGUAGGAGAGAGACAGACAGAGGUGGACGGUAAGAGAGAGACAGACAGAGGUGGACGGUAAGAGAGAGACAGACAGAGGUGGAUGGUAAGAGAGAGACAGACAGAGUGGUGGACGGUAGGAGAGAGACAGACAGACAGAUCGGUGGACGGUAGGAGAGAGACAGAGGUGGACAGUAGGAGAGAGACAGACAGAGAGGUGGACGGUAGGAGAGAGAUAGACAUACAGGUUUACCAAGAGGGGAGAAUGUGAGACAGACAGGUCUACCAAGAGGAGAGAAUGUGAGACAGACAGACAGACAGACAGACAGACAGACAGACAGGUCUACCAAGAGGAAAGAGUGUGAGACAGACAGACAGGUCUACCUAGAGGAGAGAAUGUGAGACAGACAGACAGACAGACAGACAGACAGACAGACCUACCAAGAGGAGAGAAUGUGAGACAGACAGACAGACAGGUCUACCAAGAGGAGAGAAUGUGAAACAGACAGACAGACAGACAGACAGGUCUACCAAGAGGAGAGAGUGUGAGACAGACAGACAGGUCUACCAAGAGGAGAGAGUGUGAGACAGACAGACAGGUCUACCAAGAGGAGAGAAUGUGAGGCAGACAGACAGACAGACAGACAGACAGACAGACAGUCGGAUGGUAGGACCAAGGGAAUAGAAGAACCAAGGGAUAUCAAAGGUUCAAGUGCGGUAUGCAGAUGGGUCGGGUGGGAGUGGGGAAAUUGCUCACCCUUUGAAAUGGCCGCUAAUCUGGAAUCACCUGAGAGUGUUUCCUGACCUGUUUGGUUGUAUUGAGCCCUUAAUCAAGAUCCCACAGCAGCUACAGCAGCUAUAUAGAUGACUUACAUAGAACAGUAUGUGCACCUUUAUAUAUUUGAACAGUAUGUGCACCUUUAUGUAUUUGAACAGUAUGUGCACUUUUAUAUAUUUGAACAGUAUGUGUACUUUUAUGUAUUUGAACAGUAUGUGUACCUUUAUGUAUUUGAACAGUAUGUGUACCUUUAUGUAUUUGAACAGUAUGUGUACUUUUAUGUAUUUGAACAGUAUGUGUACUUUUAUGUAUUUGAACAGUAUGUGUACUUUUAUGUAUUUGAACAGUAUGUGUACCUUUAUGUAUUUGAACAGUAUGUGUACUUUUAUGUAUUUGAACAGAAUGUGUACUUUUAUGUAUUUGAACAGUAUGUGUACUUUUAUGUAUUUGAACAGUAUGUGUACUUUUAUGUAUUUGAACAGUAUGUGUACCUUUAUGUAUUUGAACAGUAUGUGUACCUUUAUGUAUUUGAACAGUAUGUGUACUUUUAUGUAUUUGAACAGUAUGUGUACCUUUAUGUAUUUGAACAGUAUGUGUACCUUUAUGUAUUUGAACAGUAUGUGUACCUUUAUGUAUUUGAACAGUAUGUGUACCUUUAUGUAUUUGAACAUGUGUUUGCUAAUUACACAUUUAAUUGUUAAAGGCAUUACAUUUGUUUAAUGUAGUGUUUUGUUACUUGAUAUGGUGUCCUAUAUGCCCAUGUGGGCUGGGCACCAGUUAGUGGACGACGAUUGGUGCCAUGUACUAUAUGUACAUAAUGUUACUCUGUGGUACAGCUCUGUGGUUCAGUUCUGUGGUUCAGUUCUGUGGUUCAGCUCUGUGGUACAGUAAUGUGGUACAGCUCUGUGGUACAGCUCUGUGUUACAGCUCUGUGUUUCAGCUCUGUGGUUCAGCUCUGUGUUUCAGCUCUGUGGUUCAGCUCUGUGUUUCAGCUCUGUGGUACAGCUCUGUGGUUCAGCUCUGUGGUUCAGCUCUGUGGUUCAGCUCUGUGGUACAGCUCUUUGGUUCAGCUCUGUGGUUCAGCUCUGUGGUACAGCUCUGUGGUACAGCUCUUUGGUUCAGCUCUGUGGUACAGCUCUGUGAUACAGUAAUGUGGUACAGCUCUGUGGUACAGCUAUGUGGUACAGCUCUGUGAUACAGUAAUGUGGUACAGUAAUGUGGUACAGCUCUGUGGUACAGCUCUGUGAUACAGUAAUGUGGUAUAGCUCUGUGGUACAGCUCUGUGAUACAGUAAUGUGGUACAGCUCUGUGGUACAGUAAUGUGAUACAGCUCUGUGGUACAGCUCUGUGAUACAGUAAUGUGGUACAGUAAUGUGGUACAGCUCUGUGGUACAGUAAUGUGGUACAGCUCUGUCAUACAGUAAUGUGGUACAGCUCUGUGGUACAGCUCUGUGAUACAGUAAUGUGGUACAGUAAUGUGGUACAGCUCUGUGGUAUAGCUCUGUGGUACAGCUCUGUCAUACAGUAAUGUGGUACAGUAAUGUGGUACAGCUCUGUGGUACAGCUCUGUGGUACAGCUCUGUGGUACAGCUCUGUCAUACAGUAAUGUGGUACAGCUCUGUGGUACAGCUCUGUCAUACAGUAAUGUGGUACAGCUCUGUGGUACAGCUCUGUCAUACAGUAAUGUGGUACAGCUCUGUGGUACAGCUCUGUCAUACAGUAAUGUGGUACAGCUCUGUGGUACAGCUCUGUCAUACAGUAAUGUGGUACAGCUCUGUCAUACAGUAAUGUGGUCAAUAUGUGCAGUUAAUAUGCAGUUGAUGUGCCUUCAUAUUGGUAAGUCAGUGUGUUGUGCCAACAAUUCUUCACCUCAUGUGGGUAUUGAAAUGUCUAUGUUAUUGUAGUAUGUUGCCUCUGUGUAUUGUCUUGACUGACUAGAUGUUGUCUGUAACGUAAGACCCUAGAGGUUUUGGGAAUAAGCCAUUGUCUGUGUCUGAAAUGGCACCCUACUCCCUAUAUAGUGCACUGAUUUUUCCUGGUCAAAAGUAGUGCACUAUUCCCUGUGGGUCCUGAUCUAAAGUAGUGCACUAUUCCCUGUGGGUCCUGAUCUAAAGUAGUGCACUAUUCCCUAUGGGUCCUGGUCUAAAGUAGUGCACUACAUAGGGAAUAGGGUGUCAUUUUGGACGCUCACGUUGUUUACCAAUGUUUUACAUGGCCAAGACAUUGGCUGCGUCUGAAAAUGGCACUCUACAGAUGUCGGAUCUUAAUUUGACCCAUUUUUGUCGCAGGAGUAAAAUGAUCUUGCAGCAAGAGGAUUUGAAUGAAUAUUGAAUAUUUAGAAUCGCCGCCAGGGGACAGCUGGAAGCGGUGUUUGUAGGCUUUUCAAUGCAGUAGCGUACCUACAUUGUACCUUAAACUGUUAAUAAAUACUACAGAUUCUGAUCCAACAGCCCCGGACCCAACUCAUUGGAAUGCCCACACCCCAUGGCCCAACUAGCAAUAUGUACAAUUUAUAGUCCAACAGGGGGGGCUGACUCUUAAAUAAAGGAUGGUGUCUGUGAUUGGCUGUGCAUACUGUAGUCCUGUAAAUGGGAAUUACACACCUCCUUGUGACUAUGAAGCUGGGAGGGAACAGGGUGAUGGUUCAUUGAUGUGUGCAGGACACUGAUUUAAUAGAUGAAUGGGGCUGUCAACUGAGCCAGACAUUCACAUUCAAAUAGUUUACAUCUCCCCUCUUUUCAACUGAUAUGUAUUUCCAUCUCUGUCACAUGAAACUGAUGGAAUAUGUGGUGCGCAUUAGACUGGUGUUUUCCCACUACUUGCAUAUUACCACGUGUUCAUAUUACCACGUGUUCAUAUUACCACGUGUUCAUAUUACCACGUGUUCAUAUUACCACAUGUUCAUAUUACCACGUGUUCAUAUUACCACGUGUUCAUAUUACCACGUGUUCAUAUUACCACAUGUUCAUAUUACCACGUGUUCAUAUUACCACGUGUUCAUAUUACCACGUGUUCAUAUUACCGCGUGUUCAUAUUACCACGUGUUCAUAUUACCACGUGUUCAUAUUACCACGUGUUCAUAUUACCACGUGUUCAUAUUAC